AUGCGCAUCAUCCACCCCGCGUCUGCCUUCGUCGCACUCGCCGCGCUCGCCGUGGCACGCGCCGAGCCCCAGCUCGCAACCACCACCCCCACGCGCAACGUCACCUUCCCCACAGCGCGCACGUCCACCUUCAGGUCGACCGACACGGUGCUGCCGACGACCACGCGCACGCUGAUCGAGACGCGCUUCGCAGAGGGCACGCGGGCGGCGGACAUCUCGUACGCGGCCGAGAGGCGCACGAACGCCGCCGAAGCGCGCGCGCAGGGCCUGCUGGCCGCGGCGAUCGCGCCGAUCGUCGUGCUGUCUAUCGUGUUCGGGCCGUGCGUGUAUAUCGCGCUGCUGCAGUACGAGCGGCACACGCGCAAGAUCAUCGCCGACGCGCGCGCGGCGGACGUUAACCGCCCGUGGGGGGACGACGUCGAGCUCGCGCCCAAGGAACCUGAGCAGCCAGAGCCCUACGUCACCCCGUACGCGUCCCCCGCACCCGUGCCGCGCGGCGCGCUCGUCGCCGUCUCCGUCCCGCUGCUGGCCACGCCCGCCGCUGCGGCGCCUGCAGCCGUGAGCACGACCGUCACGACGGCGUUCCGCAGCGCCGAGUCGUUCUUCGCGGACAAGUACGCGCCCCAGCGUGAGGCAGCCGAGCGGACCAUACGGAACUGUACCAUCGCCGCGCCGAUCCUGGCCGUCGCGCCGUUCCUCAUCAGCGCGGUCGCGUUUGGCAUCCUGUACGUCCGAAGAAGACGCGCGCUCGCCUUCGCCAAGCCAAAGGUCGAGUACUGGGGUAUCAACUAG